UAAAGCCGUUUUGGUGAGGUUCCUUGCAUGGAGUCAUAUAAUAAAGCAUUAAUUACACGAAUGCCUGGACAGUAUUGCAGGUCUCUACUUUCAGUAACGAGAACCCAGCUUCCUCCAACGUUGUAAAUAAUACUGACUUGUGCUUUUGUUCGCCGCUUCCCGUUGAGGCAGUUUAGCUAAUGCUCACCGAAAGCUGACUGAAAAAAGAAUACACCACAGUGAUGUUAAUAUUAUGGUAAAAAAUAAUGUAAAUACUCGAGUUUCGAAUUACGAAUGCAUGCUGGGGUUUCCCUGGAUUGCUCCAAAGAAUGUCUUGCAGUAUGAUAUGUAUUCAAAGAAAGUUUGUCUCCAGCUGCUGAACACAUGGAGAGCCAAAAUCCACCACUGGAUGCCUUCAGUGAAACUUGAAUUCUUCCUCCAAGAAACUCUAAAAAGUAUUAUUUGCCAUGCGUAUCAGUUUGUGCCAGGGUCUGUUAACGGGUGCCAUCAUCCUCAACCUCCUCAUACUUUAUUAUGUAUCCCGGGCCCAACAGCAGAUGAUGGAGAAAAGGAAGGAGCUUGGUAGAGGCUCGAGGAGAGCUGCCCGGCCGGCUUCCCUUCUGGGGGGAGCGUUAGGGGUCAUUGGAGGUGAGCAUGCAGGAAUGGCAGCGGAGGGCCAUGGCCGAAGCCCACGUGUAUCUGUUCUCCUUCGGGAGUUUGAAAACUUUGAGAAUUACGUUGGGGAUGUUGCUAACUCUUUCCUUCGUCAACGUCCAGAGCUUCCCUUUCUGGCUGUGGCCGACACAUUUCCGUAUCCUCCCCUUGUACUUCCAGAGGGCGCCCGUCUUUUGGUGCUCUCUCCUAGCCCCGACCAGCCACCACAAGCUCACAGGCCAGAGUUUCACUUGCAGACAGAGUUUGUCCUGUUGGUACCUGACGGCGUGGAGCUGGAACAGCCAAGAGUUUUUGAGAGACUCAUUAAAGAGUUGGAAGGUGAAGGCGGGGGGCCCGUGAGGCUGGUAGCGGUGCCCGUUUUAACUCGAUCCGCGGUGCAGUGCCUCCACCUGCGGGUCAACCUCAAAGAGUGGACUGCCACCUACUCACCGGCCGCUUCAGGAAGCAGUGGGAGUGUGUGUACGGCUUUACAAGGCGACGCUGUUGUCUUGAUUCGGACUGAGGACCUUUUCAACUUAUCCGUACCGCUAGGGCGCCCUCUCUUUCCUGCCCUUUUCGUUCAGACCACCUUAAGGGGCUGGAAGGUGAAACUCCUGGAGAGCCCUUGUUUCUCGGCAAACCACCGACCACUUUUCAGCUCUGCUCACAAUCAGUGGAAGGCUGACACUCGACUGAAGGAGGCAACUGGGAAACUCAUGAGGAGCUUCGGUCUGAAGCGCCUUCUUCUCCCUGAGGGAAAGGAACAGUGGUAUGGUUGCACUAAAGAGACUCCCCGAUGCUUUGGCACCGUGCAGGAUGACACACCGGACUACCUAUAUCUGGAUCGCUGGACGCCUCCCUGCUGUCUGAGAGCACUGAGAGAAACCACCAAAUACGUAAUUAAUAUCCUGGAGAGCUCCGGUGUGCGUUACUGGCUGGAGGGAGGCUCUCUUCUUGGUGCCGUCCGCCAUCAAGACAUCAUACCCUGGGACUACGAUGUGGACCUGGGUAUCUACCUUGAGGACGUGCCCAACUGCGACUACCUGAAGAACCUGGACUCGGGCUCUCUAGUGGAUGCUAAUGGCUACGUGUGGGAGCGGGCAGUGGAGGGAGACUUUUAUAGAGUGCAGUACAGCGAGGCCAACCACCUGCACGUGGAUCUGUGGCCUUUCUACUCGCGCAGCGGCAUCAUGACGAAAGACACAUGGACCGAGCACAAACAGGACGUGGAGUUUCCAGAGCACUUCCUGCAGCCGCUGGUGCCCAUGCCCUUCGCUGGCAUCACAGCCUACGGCCCCAACAACCAAAGGGCCUUCCUGGAGCUCAAGUUCGGAGAAGGUGUGAUUGAGAAUCCUCAGUACCCCAACCCUAUGAAAAAAAGGCUGGACAGAAGCAAAUUAUGAGUGACCGUAGGUGCUCUCGGGCUGUUUCUGUUGCACUGUAUUUAUUACCUGAAAAAAAAAAAUACCUCAAAAAUCCUUUGAUGAAAGAUGCCUGAGCAGUAUGUGCUGCUAAAAUGAUUACAGUUUUACUAGCUGCCAACGUGUCAAAGCUGCUCAAUAUUUUCUAGUAUGUGUUCAAAUGUUAAGCUUGAUGUUAAAACACGUCAUAAGAAGUUUAUGUACUUUUUUCAAGAGAGGCACUUUUAAAAAGACUACUAGUCCACUCACCUUAGCCCUAAACAAUCAACAGCUGGUUUGUUCUCUAGUUGACUGAAUGUAUCGUACUGUAUAAAUGUUACAGGGGGAUUAUUUAAAAUUCUGAACAUGUUCUAGGUUUAAAGUUGUAACUAUUUCCAACAGGUGCCCAGUCUGUGUUUUCCUUCCUUCACAAUUCACACAUUCUUGUGUAUCCAUUGCACAAGAAAUUAAAUGGUUCCACCAAUUAUUGCAUCCAAUCGGCCCUUUGACUUUCCUUCAUUGCAUGCCUGGUUUUUCAGAUUUUGUGGUGUUAUUUCACUGCGACUGCUCCCUGUUUUGUGUUUCCUUAUCCUGUAAAUGAUCGUCAGAGCAGAUUGAUGCAAUGUAGAGCCAAACACCUCCAUGAAAGAUGAGGAAACAAAGGGCCUCUGUACUCAGAUGUUUCAAAAUAAUUACUGUCACAUAGUGGAUCAAGAACAAUUGGACUGAAAUAGUCUCAAAGUUUGCACAAGUCGAGCAGAAAUUAUCUGUAAAGUAUAAACAUCUCCCUAUUGUCCUGUUUUGGCCUUUUUUGUAUUUCUUUGUCCAUUGAUAAUGGGUUUGUGUCGAUUUACAUUUCUUAUGAAGCGCCUCCUUCCCCCUUUUUUAUUUCAAGAGAAACACUAUUAAAAAGACUACUAGUCCUUUUAAUUAACUAGUCCUUGUAGAUUAGUCAGUCUACUAGUCUAGAUUUGCUUUAUUUUGCAUUCUGUUUUCAUGUUUUAUUGAUGUUCCAUGCAAUAAUUUUGACUGUGUAAUUGUGUUUCAAAUGAAAAGACUGAAAUGCAGCUUUUUGUAUUCCACAUUCAUUUUGUUCCUAAUUGAAGAUAGUCAAGUUUCAAACUACCAUGUUAAAAAUGGAGAUACUUUUAAGCCGUUCAUGCAAAGAUUAACUUAAUUGUACACUCAGAGAAUUUGCUUCUUUGAAUCUAAAUAUUACGUAUGAAUAUACUUUGAUCUAAAUAUUUAUAUUUUCUCCCACUUUGCACCAUCUUGUUUCGGCCACAAUUGCAUUUAUUCAUUUCAGUUGUAUCAUGGGUGCCAACAAUUUUGCAAGAUAAUCUCUAACGACAUAUAAAUGUGUUUUUAUCAUUUUGUUUUAUUCCUUUAUUGUUUUAUUUUUACUAAUCUGUUUAUUGCAAACUCAUGUUCUCAGUUGUUUUUUGUCUUGAGUAAAAUAAAUAUUUCCGGUAAAAUUA